GAAAAAAUGAAAUGUAAAGGAUUCAAAGGGGGCUAAAUCUUCUUGAACAUAAAACUUUUGCCAAUGGGAAUAUAAACAGACCAAUUUUCGAUAAUUCGAAUCCUUAAUUUGAGAUAAAUGAAAAUUAAGAUACCAAAAUGAAAAUUUAGACGGGAAAAAUCGGAACAUGACCGACUGAAGUUUCAUUCUCUUUCAAAUCUGCCAUUUCGGAUUUCUUCCCCUUACGGCUUUCGUUCCUCUGUUCAAUUCAGUUUCUCCAUGUUCCCCGCUCUCACUCUUCAACAGCUCCUUCGUGUAUAGAUUUAUCUUAUUAUUUUUUAAUAGUAAUUUAUUUGUUUACUCAAAGCCAGAUUUUGACCUCGAUCCAAUAAAAACACAAAAGGGUUUCGUGAUUUAACAGAAACCCAGUUUCGCGUUUAUUAUUUAGAUGUAACAGCAAUUUUCAUCAAUUUUGUGGCCUAACUUAUGAUGCCACUGACCCCUUGUUUCGAAUUCACUGGUCAGCAAGUGAUAAGUUGCAUUUUUCUGGAACAGAGAUAUUAGAAUGAAAUCGAAAAUAAAAUGGGCAGCCCUUGGAGGACUAGUGUUGUCAUUUAUGUCUCUGUUGGUGCAUUUAUUUCUUGCCAAGUCAAGCGCUGAUCUAGUACAGUACAGUGCAAUCAAGGCUUUCAGUGAAGACUUGCAACAUGCAAACAGUGCUGGCGUAAAGGGUGCUGGAUCUAGGAAGCUGUGGGGCAAGGUGAAGGCUCUAGAACCUCUGCAGCCAUAUGCGAAACCAAGAAGCUCAUUUCCUGGUAAUGUGUGCAAGUCUCUUUUCAUCUGUCUUGGAAUUACUGCCCUGUCCACUAACAUAUUGAAUAUCACUAAUUACUAUUCGUAAUGGAAAAGUGUAUCU